AAGCAUGCCCCUCGUGGUCCUAACCAGAGUCAUUCUGUUGAUAAGGAAGUUCCAAGUUUCAGCCUGGUCAUUGUGAUGUAUAUAUAAGCGCGUCUUUUUAGUGUUUAAGACACAAGUCAAGGGGAAGACCAAACUAAACACAUAAGGCGCGUCGCACCCAGUACCUUGAGACAGCCCCUUCGGAACGGACGACAUUGGCAAGAAGAAUCAUGUUGUCUUUGGUCGCCUUGGUAACGCUGGCCCUGAUAAGCCCUGAGCUUGCAUCGGGCUCCCCCUUCAGUCAGAUGCGACGAUCGCUAUUGGAGGAGCAGUGCCUGCCUGGUGUAUGGGGAUGCAAACGAGGCGCGCCUGCGGCCCUCAACGAGCAGCGACGAACCGCCAGCGAAGAGAGCGACGAGCAAUGCUUGCCAGGUGUAUGGGGCUGCAAAAAGAGAACAGUUAUCCAAGAGCGACAAUGUCUACCGGGCGUCUGGGGAUGCAAGCGAGGAUUCGAUAUCCCAAUUCAAGCCAAGAAAAAGCAGAAGACUCCUGAAGAAUGCCCCCCUGGAUUGUGGGGCUGCAAACGCGGUUUUCUGGGAGGUUAUUAUCCAGAGACAUCUCCAGACUACUACCAGCAGGGGAUGCCCAGUGAAUACUCCGAGUACCAGCAAGGAUACCCCAGCGAUUACCAGAACCUGGCGAGCUACUAUAAACGACGUCUAGCGAUUAGAAUGAGACGGUCGGUCGAGAAGGAGGACGAGCAGUGUCUGCCCGGUGUAUGGGGCUGCAAGAAAGACAAGAUCGAGGCGAAGAAAUCCGAAGAUCAAUGUCUGCCCGGUGUAUGGGGGUGCAAAAGGGACAAAAUAGCGAAGAAACAAGCAGAGGAACAAUGCCCGCCCGGCUUAUGGGGAUGCAAGAAAGAUAAUAUUGAGAUUGAGAAGACGGAAGAGACCAAGAAGUCCGAAGACCAAUGCCUGCCCGGGGUAUGGGGAUGCAAAAAACGCAGCGUCACAUCGAACUAGCCCUCCCCUCCCUGGGAAUACCACAUCGCUGGAAACCAAGCAUUCAAUCAUACCACUACGUCUCUGAACUCUAAACUUACUGUUAUAGAAACAGUUUAAUUCAUCCUAUCGGCUAUAGAGCCGGUGUGACGUCACUCGGGACUAUGGAGGCGUACUCAGCGACUGUUGUGUACAGAGUAUAUUUAAUGGCCGCUGCAAAUAUUUAGUUUUAUUCAUGGAAAAUGUCCUAUAAGUGUAUGAUUGAAAACAAAUAAAGGCCGAAAGAGGCUUCCUGAAA